GCAUGAUGAUAAAACAUAAGUUAACCUCUGUAAUUAGGCCCUCAAACUUUCUGAUUUGAACAAAUAAAUCAUACUGCUGCUUUUCGUGUGAAAUUAAAGACGAAGGAUAAGUAAAUAUAUGUUUUGACUUUUGAAGGAGAAGGGUUUUUAUUAUUUUGUAACGUUGAUAUUAAAACCAAGUGCAGGUGGUACCGUGCAUGGACCCAGUUCAUGCUAAUAUGGGCACUGUACUCCUCCUGCUUCACUCCCUUGGAGUUUGGCUUCUUCACGGAACUGCCCAGCAGUCUUUUCCCACUAGAAAUUGCGGUACAGAUAGCUUUCCUCCUAGACCUCGUCUUGCAGUUCUUUAUGGCUUACCGAGACAGCCAGACAUAUCGAAUGGUCUAUAACCGUAACCAAAUUGCACUCCGGUACUUGAAAUCUAAUUUUAUCAUUGAUUUUCUCGCUUGUAUGCCUUGGGACCAUAUAUACAAGGCUUCAGGGAGAAAAGAAGUUAGGUAUCUUUUAUGGAUUAGGUUAUAUCGAGUUUGCAAGGUCACUGAUUUUUUCCAGAAGAUGGAGAAGGAUAUACGGAUUAAUUACCUUUUUACCAGGAUCAUAAAACUUAUUUUUGUUGAAGUAUAUUGCACGCAUACAGCAGCUUGCAUCUUUUACUACUUGGCUACCACUCUGCCUCCUGAAAAAGAGGGGUACACAUGGAUUGGAAGUUUAAAGAUGGGUGAUUUCAGUUAUUCAAACUUCAGAGAUAUUGACAUCUGGAAGCGUUACACAACUUCCAUGUAUUUUGCGAUUGUCACAAUGGCUACAGUUGGAUAUGGAGAUAUACAUGCUGUCAAUAUGAGGGAAAUGAUAUUCAUAAUGAUUUAUGUCUCAUUUGACAUGAUUCUUGGCGCUUAUUUGAUUGGUAAUAUGACAGCAUUAAUUGUAAAAGGAUCUAAGACAGAAAAGUUCAGGGAUAAAAUGACGGAUGUCAUGAAGUAUAUGAACAGAAAUAGACUUGGAAGGGACAUACGUAAUCAGAUCAAAGGUCACUUGCGCUUGGAGUAUGAGAGUAGCUACACUGAGGCUGCUGUUCUUCAGGCUCUCCCCAUCUCCAUUCGUGCCAAGAUUUCUCAAACACUGUAUAUGCCAUAUAUUGAAAAGGUUUCUCUUUUUAAGGGAUGCUCUACGGAAUUUAUCAGUCAGAUUGUGAUUAGGGUCCAUGAAGAAUUUUUUCUCCCAGGAGAAGUAAUAAUGGAACAAGGAAAUGUGGUAGAUCAACUUUAUUUUGUCUGUGAUGGUGUGCUGGAGGAAGUUGGCAUAGGGGAAGACUGGUCAGAAGAGACAGUUUCACUUCUGCGACCUGAAAGCUCAUUUGGAGGGAUCUCUGUACUGUGCAACAUUCCUCAACCCUACACUGUUCGGGUUUGUGAACUAUGCAGGCUUUUGAGAUUGGAUAAGCAAUCAUUUUCAAAUAUUCUAGAGAUAUUUUUCAAUGAUGGGAGGAAAAUAUUGAAUAACCUUUUAGAGGGAAAAGAAAAUGAUUUUCGAGUGAAACAAUUAGAAUCAGACAUUGCAUUUCAUAUUGGAAAGCAAGAAGCUGAAGUUGCUUUGAGGGUGAACUGUGCAGCAUAUAAUGGAGACCUAUAUCAGCUAAAAGGUUUGAUUGGAGCUGGGGCUGAUCCGAACAAGACUGAUUAUGAUGGGAGAUCACCCUUGCAUCUUGCUGCAUCAAGAGGAUUUGAAGAGAUUACACUUUUUCUUAUUAAGAAAGGUGUAGACAUCAACCUUAAAGAUAAAUUUGGGAACACACCCCUGCUGGAAGCCAUAAAAAAUGGACAUGAUCACAUUGCUUCUUUACUAGUUAAAGAGGGGGCUUCUUUGAACGUAGACAAUGCUGGUAGUUUCUUGUGUGCGGCUGUGCUGAGGGGUGAUUCAGACUUUCUAAAAAGGCUUUUGUCCAAUGGCAUUGAUCCAAACUCCAAAGAUUAUGAUCACCGAACUGCACUUCAUAUUGCUGCAUCUGAAGGAUUAUAUUUGAUGGCAAAGCUAUUGAUAGAGGCCGGUGCAAGUGUUCUUACAAAGGACAGAUGGGGAAACACUCCUCUUGAUGAAGGCCGGAUGUGUGGGAGCAAAAAUUUGAUUAAGCUACUUGAGGAUGCAAAAUCCAUUCAGUUAUCAGAAUUUCCUCACCUCACUCAGGAAUUUACAGAUAAAAAGCAUUUAAAGAAAUGCACUGUAUUCCCUUUCCACCCCUGGGAUGCUGAAGAUCAAAGAAAACAUGGAAUCAUGUUAUGGGUUCCCCACAACAUUGAAGAGCUUGUAAAAGAGUCUGCCAAGCUGCUAGAUUUUCCUAGUGGUUCGUGUAUGCUCUCAGAAGAUGGCGGUAAAAUUCUCGAUGUAAAUAUGAUAAAUGACGGACAAAAGCUUCAUUUGAUCUGUGAAGAACAUUAGGUAUACACUUUUUGUAUGUAUAUAUUGCAUCUCAUGUAUGUGCAAGACUGUUGCAUCUCUGCAUUUGUAUUGCCAAUGUGAGUGUCAGCAAUAUGUAAAUCAUGCAAUGGUUUGCAGAAAAAUUGGAGUACAUUUACUCUUUCUUUUCUUUUUUUGUUCGUUGGAAAAGGAAAUUUUAUGUUAGCCUACAAUGAAUAGUUCAGUUACAG